AUGACACAGCUCACCUCGCUAACACUCCUCUUGCCUCACCUCGCUAACGCAGAGCUGGUUUUUGAGGAUUCUCAAAAACCGGCGCGUGCGCGCAACGCAGCUCGCCUCACCUCGCUAACGCAGACAGGUCUUCCAAGCAGUCCCUCGCCCCCUUCCCUUCCCGCACCUCUCAUCCCCACCCCUCCCCUUGCCAUCCACCCCUCCCCUUGCCAUCCACCCCUCCCCUUGCCAUCCACCCCUCCCCUUGCCAUCCACCCUUCCUCUUGCCAUCCACCCUUCCUCUUGCCAUCCACCCUUCCUCUUGCCAUCCACCCUUCCUCUUGCCAUCCACCCUUCCUCUUGCCAUCCACCCUUCCUCUUGCCAUCCACCCCACCUCACAUCCACCACGAGGCACGUCGUUCAGCAAGGCCGGUCUCACUCACUCACAGGCCCCUUCUCCUCCGUCUUUUCUGCCUUUCACUUUUAGGCGAUCUUCCAAUCCCCUUGCCAUCCGCCCUUCCCACACCUUCCACGAGGCAGAUCGUUCAGCAAGAUCGGUCUCACAGGGCCCUUCCCCACCAUCUUCCCCUCCCCUUAACCGUCCCACCGACCCCUUUCCCUCUCCCUCCCCUUUCCGUGCCACGCCACCCACCUCUCCCCUUUCCGUGCCACCCACCUCUCCCCUUUCCGUGCCACGCACCUCUCCCCACACUUACAACAUGGCAGGUCGUUCAGCAAGGCCGGUCCCCCUGCACUAUUUGUCCGUGUUUUUCAUAUCUUCCCACACCCCUCUCUUCCGUCAACUUCUUUCAUGCCUCUCCACACCACACACCUCUCCAUAUCGGCCCGCACUUCUCUGCAUCGUUUCAUAUCGUUCUGAAUCGUUCUGCAGGCGGCUGGACUCGAACCAGUUCACAGGCUCCAUCCCCUCCGGCUUGUCAAAGCUAACAGCUCUUACCGUCCUAUCCGUCCCCAACAACCUUCUAACAGGGUCACUGCCUGCCACUCUCUCUGCCCUCCGCCGACUUGUUUCCAUGCAACUCAGCAACAACUCUCUCUCUGGUUCGCUGCCUUCUGCUCUCAGCACGCUCACCAAUCUGCGCAACCUGUACUCGCGCCAACAACAACAAGCUAUCUGGAUCGCUCCCUUCAUCUCUCAGAUUCUCUCCCGCAACACUCUAUCCGGCUCCAUUCCCUCCGAUUACUCCGCCCUUGAGUUCCUUGCCAUCCUUCUGUUGAACAACAACUUCAUUAUUGGGACCAUCCCCUCCUCCCUCUCCACACUCUCCUACCUUUAUCAAGUAGACGUGUCAGAGAACUUGUUAUCGGGUACUCUUCCUUCAAUGUUCACCACAAACAUGACCGACCUUAGAUUCUUCAACGUGGCCUUCAACUCUCUGUCUGGCUCCCUGCCCAAGUCCCUCUCCAAUUUGCAGUCCCUCUACUCUCUCGACCUCAGCAACAACUAUUUCAGUGGCCAAGUGCAGACUAUCUUCAGCGCCCUCACUUCACUUCAAUCCAUCAACAUCUCCUACAACUAUUUCUCGGGGUAUUUACCCAAGAUCGGGUUUCUAGGCGAGCUAAAAUCCACCGACCUCUCCAACAACUUCUUUUUCGGGUCAGCCAAUGACGGCACCGACAGCAUUGGGUUACCCCUCUGCCCGGACCCUCCCACCUCCUCCUACACAAUCGCCCAGAACUGCCUCUUAAACCUCGCAAACACUUGCACAGCCAUAUCCGGGCUGACAGUGAGUUUUGUGGAGGCGCAGAAGACGGAGGACGAGUGCUUUGUGUUCUGUGGGACAAGCCUUGCGAUGCCGAUUUUUCCGAACCAGCAGUGCGGGUACGAGAAGGGCAUGUGUGUGGCGAAUCUGAGCGGCAGCGGGGUGUUGUUCUACCAGUGCCAGUGCACGGCGCCGUUCGUCCGUUCUGCAGACGCCAAGUCCUGUGACCUGCCACUGCCAGUGCACGGCGACCCCGAUACAGCCCGACAGCCACAGUGGCCCCAGCAGCGCGGGUACGAGAAGGGCAUGUGUGUGGCGAGUCUGAGCGGCGACGGAGUGCUCUUCUACCAGUGCCACCAGCCCACCACCGCCACCGCCAUUUCCGCCAGGGCCCCUCCCACCCUCCCCUCCCCCCUCCCCACCUCCAAAAUCGCCUCCUCCUUCCCCACCGUCACCUCCGAGCCCCCCUCCUAG